UACAUUCACUUUAUUCUUGCAGCUCGGUAUUGAUAAAGGCAAGCAUUACAUACUUAACGGAUUUAACCGUUACUGGCAAAAUUCGCAAUGUUGAAUUGGAUACAUAAGGAAACAUUAUAGUGCUUCAUGUUAUUUAACUAGAAUAACUCAAAAAUGACGAACAUGUCCUCCUGAGGUUAAACAUGUCUGAGGCAAUUUACAAAUCAAGCGAACCUAAAAACGUAACAAUUACAUUGGAUGAGAUCAACUCCCUUGAGGUUACGUCUCUUUUCCCAUUACUAUUUUUCUACGCCACAAUUUUGAGUGUGGGAGUUCUGGGAAAUGCUCUGGUUUUCAUUGUGUAUUCGCUCCGCUACCGACGAUCUCCAGCAAGAGUGUAUAUUCUAUUCUUAGCAGCCAUUGACUUUUGGAUGUGCUUGUUCGGUUUACCGUACCACCUUUUAGACAUGACACAUCCAUACACGUAUACAAAUGCGCCAGCAUGCAAAGUUCUGACUUUUCUGAUCGCAACCUUAUUUCAUAUGUCAAUAUUUGGUCUAAUAGUAAUUGCAGUGGACAGAUACCUUAAAAUUUGCAGACCUUUGGGCAAGUUACAAAUAUCAUACUUUGGAAAGAAGCGAGCGUGCGGAGCGGCAAUCAGUGGACGAUAUAGCCUACAAGUUCCAAGUGCGUUAACACCAUUUAAUAGUAGAAUAUCUUUAAGGCGGACUUCAGAUAUAACAGGCUCAAAUUAUAACAAAACUGUUCAGAAAUGGCGGAAUUACUCGGCUCUUGCACUGAAAAACGGGAUGAAUCCCACACACUUUGUGCAAGACGAAGGUUUAAGAAUACACACAAGCUGCAAUAGUGUAAAUAAUCUCUCGUCACAGGGUACAUUCAAAGUAAAGAAAACCAUUACCAGGCAGCAUUCAAAAAUUACUAAAAUUAUGUUGACCAUAACAAUCAUAUUUAUUUUAAGUUAUUCACCAGCUCUGAUAGUGACAAUAUGGACAGCUGUACAGCCCGAAUUUUGGGACAUAUUAGAUGAAAAGGAAACUGUAAUAUGUGAAUUCUUCUUGCGAUUUUAUAUUGUGAACAAUGUAUGUAAUCCGUUUAUAUACGGGUUUUGGGAUAAACGAUUUAAACGUGAGGUUAUUUACACGCUGCGGAAGUUUAUGACAUCAUUAUCAGCAAAAUUUUAUUGUUGCGUUCCAAGGAAAACCGUAAUAGAAAAAUAGAUACUCAAAGGUUAUU